AUGCCUUCACAGCUACAGGAACGACCCAAAGCCUUGGACUGGGACGGUCCUGAUGAUGCUCUUAAUCCGCAUAAUUGGAGCAUAUCCCGCAAAUGGUUCCAGACGUGUACGAUGUCCGGUAUUGCCUUUGUAGGCAUGUUCGCCUUAUCAGUGUUUACGCCUGCGAUCGAAGAAGCCGCGUUGGAACUCGAGUCUACACCACUUGUUUCCACUUUUGCGUACUCGAUAUACUCGCUUGGCCUAGCAUUUGGCGGACCAUUUGCCGCUCCCCUUAGCGAGACAUUUGGACGGCGGCCUGUUGUUUUCAUCAGCCUGCCCAUUUUUGCGCUAUUUAUCUUGGGAACCGGGUUUGUACACAGUAUGGCUGGAUUGCUGGUUGUGCGGUUCUGGGCUGGAUUCUUCGCUGCGCCGAGUCUGAGUAUGGGGUCUGGUACGCUCAGUGAUAUAUGGCCGCCUGAGAAACGGUCGGGUCCUAUAUCCCUUUAUGUUGCGGCUCCAUUUUUGGGGCCGGUAGUAGGUCUCCUCCUGGGAGCUUCGGUAACGCAGACUCAAGGAUGGCGCUGGACGUCGUGGGUGACACUCUUCUUUACCGUCGUGCUCGUCAUAGCGCCCGCGCCUUUCUUCAUGGAAUCGUACAAACCCGUUCUUCUACGUCAGCGUGCAAAGAAACUCAACCUCCCGCUCCCAUUCUCACCAACCGAAGACAUGCCUUUGCCAAGAAUCGUCAGCACAUACGUGACCAAGACACUUACAAGGCCAAUGCACAUGCUCUUCACCGAGCCCAUCAUCGCCGCAUUCAAUGCCUACAGUGCCUUCAACUUUGGUCUCCUCUACGCGUUCUUCCCCGCCUUCCCAUACGUCUUCAAGAAAGAAUACGGAUUCGACAGUGUCUCCACCGGCCUAACGUUUCUCGGCCUGGGAGUCGGCGUCAUCGUCGCAACAGCAUGUAGCCUUUCCUUCACUAGAUUGUACUACAUCCCGCGUGUAAGACAGGCAGUCAUGGAAAAACGACCACUCCCGCCAUUCGCAACGUCACGAUUAAAACCAGAAAAGCGCCUCCCGCUCGCCAUUGCCGGCGGGCCUCUUUUGACCGUCAGUCUCUUUCUCUUCGGAUGGUCAGCUGCAUACAGUGUACAUUGGAUCGUUCCUACCAUUGCUGAAGUCUUCUUCGGCUGCGGCAAUGUGCUCAUCUUCAUGGCAUGCAUGAUGUAUAUGACUGAUACGUAUGGACCUCUUUACAGCGCUAGUGCAAUGGCCUCCAACGCCAUUCUGCGAUACGUUCUCGGUGCUGUGUUUCCUCUCUUUGUGGUUGAAAUAUUUAAAAAUCUGGGCGCACAGUGGGCUUGUACACUAUUGGGUUGCUUGAGCUUGCUGGGUGUGUCUAUACCGUUUUUGUUAAGGAGGUAUGGCGAGGUGCUGAGAAGUAGAAGUGGGUAUAGGCGCGAUGGGUAA